CGCGACGGCAGAUCGGGGAUCAAGCCCUCAGGACCAUCGAUCACUGGGUUGAACGGAACCUGUUCGUUGGUCUCUGCCAAGGAAGUGAGCAGCCCCUCGAGGAGCUCUUGCGUGGUGACAUUCCGCAGGCAUGAAAACGUCAAAUGUGCCUUUGCUAGGGAGGCACAAGAGGGAACGCCCGCCACAAAGCUUGUCCAGAUAUUCUGCCGGCGAGUCGCAGGAAAGAUCGCCACUGUGGCCUGUGAUCCGGACUCGAAAAUCUACGGGAUACGCACCGCAGCACGCGCCAAUUUGUCAACUCGCUUGUUCAAGAACAAUAUCGACGUAAGGAUGCUUCCUGCACUCUGUCCAAACGCAGUAACUUUGCGCUUGUCGCCACCGAACUUGCCGAUGUUUCGUUGGACCCACUCUAGCGCAGCGAUUUGGUCUUUGAUCCCGAGGUUGAGUGCUCCUUGAUCCAUCGCCUCCUGGCCUUGGGGGAAGCCGAGUGGGCCGAGGCGAUAGUUGAAGCUGACGAAGACUACGGGAGUUCCCUGCACGAUCAAGUCUUGUCAGACUAAGUCCUUGAUGAGACAUUGGGAGACACUUACUCGGGCCACGCUUUGCUCAACAAUCGUGCUGCCAUUGUAGACCACGGAGCUUCCACUGAGGAAUCCACCUCCGUAUCUUUGAAGAGGUGAUUGGUCAAACUCGCUUGCAG